GUGCUUAUUAUGAAGACAACAGGCUAGAGAUCACACCUGCCCCAGGCUUUGCAUUGGCAGGUGGAAGCAGUUCUCAUUGUAUUUCUCUGGAGUCCACAAUAAGGUGCAGCUAGAGCAGCUCCCACAGUGCCAGAAGGGGAUCUCAAAUACUUUGCAAGACUCUUGAUUUUACAUGAAACUUUCAGCUUCUUGGAUGAUAACUUUGGAGGUGCCUCCCUGUUACUACCAGACCAUAAAAGAACAGAAACCAGCUGGACCAGCCUGCCUGGGAGUUUCACUGUGAUUUUAAUAAUGAUUUUAUGGCUUUUUCCCAGAAAGGAUUAGACUUCUACGUUGGGACAUAGUAUUUGCCUUUUAAUUCAAAUUUGCAUUCAGCAAACCCUCAUUACUGCCCUUCUAGCCGCUGCUCACUUGGUGAAUCUUGGUGUGCGGUUGUAGUGGAGCUGCUGGUCGGCAGGGUGGGAGGUAGAGAGGUGGCUUGGCUGGAUUUUAGGGCUUGUACAGUCAUGAAUCUCUUGGUCAGAUCCACAUUCCUGUCCUGACACAAUCACAAGACCCCGAGGCUUGGAGGGAACAUAGAAUUCCAGGAGAACUGAAGAGGGUUUGACUUGGUCCUCCCAGUAAGUGCUGGGGGCAGCUGCUCAAUUGGUUGACUGAGGACUGGUUUUACCUUGAGACCAGUUGUGACCUGCUAGUCAGACUGGACAAAUCUCAGAGCCCCAUCACAGCAAACCUUCUGCAGGUAAUUACUGCCAAAUCUUCACCCCUUGCCUACAAGUUCAUCCCCUUGGAAUAUCUAAACUUGCCCCCCUUUUUAUUUUCUUUCUUUUCUUUUUAUUAUUUACUACCCCUAUUCGGCUUCAGCAAAAUUCAGCAGCUGGAAGGUGUGUGUGUGGCAGGGGGCAUAGUCCCCAUUUCUUGUGCCUCCCACAAAUAACAACGGGAGCUGAGUUUUUAAUUGGACUGAAAUUCAGAAGGGGGAAAGCAGAACCGUUGGUGGAGUUUAAUCCCCUUCAGUUCUAGGGACCUGGGAGUCAUAACACUUGCAGACAUCCCUCCAGCUCUCAGUUUCCAAUGCUAUAAAUAAGAAUUAGUACACACGAGGAGCAGGAUGAGAAUAUGGCAGUCCUCUUGUUACCACCGGGUCCUGACAGCUUCCGCCGGUUCACUCCCGAAUCUCUGGCUGCAAUCGAAAAGCGCAUCACCGAGGAACAGCCCAGGUCGGCUAAACAGGAAAACAGAGAGGAGGAAAAUAAUGAGGCUCAGAAGCCGAGACCCCACCCUGACCUGGAAGCAGGCAAACAGCUCCCCCGCAUCUACGGGGACUUUCCUACACAGCUCAUUGGACAGCCCUUGGAGGACAUCGACCCAUUCUACAGAAACCAGAAGACCUUUAUAGUAGUAAAUAAAGGAAAGACAAUCUUCAGAUUUAGCGCCACACCUGCUUUGUAUAUAAUAAGCCCAUUCAAUCCCAUCCGAAGAGCUUCAAUCAAAGUUUUGGUACAUUCAUUGUUCAGUAUGUUUAUAAUGUGCACUAUUCUCACCAACUGUGUGUUUAUGGCCAUGUCUGACUCCGGAACAUGGCUCAAGUAUGUUGAGUACACUUUCACUGGCAUUUAUACUUUUGAAUCAAUGAUAAAAAUACUGGCACGGGGAUUUUGCUUGAAGCCCUUCACGUUUCUGCGAGACCCAUGGAACUGGCUGGACUUCAGUGUUAUCGUUAUGGCAUAUGCAACUGAGUUUGUGGACCUGGGCAAUGUUUCCGCUUUGAGAACGUUCAGAGUACUUCGAGCUUUGAAAACAAUCUCGGUCAUUCCAGGUCUGAAGACCAUUGUAGGUGCCCUUAUUCAGUCAGUAAAGAAACUUGCGGAUGUGAUGAUCCUCACCGUUUUCUGCCUGAGCGUCUUUGCCCUGAUAGGGCUCCAGCUGUUUAUGGGUCACUUGAAACAAAAGUGCGUGCGAGAUCUGCAAUAUUUCAAUGCAACCAGGAUGGGUUUGCUGGACUGGAGUAACGAAACAAUGUGGUCAUCUUACGAAGAAUUCAUCACUGACCCUGCAAACAUCUACCACAAGGACGGUGCCAAGGAUGCCUUACUGUGUGGGAACAGCAGUGAUGCUGGGAAGUGCCCAGAUGGGUUUAUUUGCAUGAAGACUGGCAGAAACCCAAAUUAUGGCUACACCAGUUUUGAUACGUUUGGUUGGGCAUUUCUUUCUCUAUUCCGUCUCAUGACCCAGGACUAUUGGGAAAACUUAUAUCAACAGACUCUCCGAGCAUCAGGGAAGACAUAUAUGAUCUUUUUCGUCUUCGUCAUCUUUUUGGGUUCUUUUUACCUUGUAAACUUAAUCCUGGCCGUAGUGGCUAUGGCUUAUGAAGAGCAGAACCAAGCCACCAUUGCCGAAGCAGAAGCAAAAGAGAAGGAAUUCCAGCAAGCCAUGGAACAAAUAAAGAAAGAACAAGAGGCAUUAGCCAACAAGGGACCAGAUGCUGCAUCCCACAGUUCCUGUGAAAUGUCACCGUUUAGCUCUAAAAGUGCCAAGGAGAGGAGAAACAGGAGGAAGAAAAAGAAAUCAUCUGAAACCGAAGAGUAUGGAGAAGAUAUGAAACUCCCCAGGGGCGAGUCGGAUGAGGAAAGUCUCCGCAAGAUGUCCCUACUUGGCAUUGGUUUUGGCCCUGGUUCUGGCAAACGCAGGAUAAGUCAAGGUAGUAUCUUCAAUUUUCGAUUCCGCAACCGAGACCUUUACUCUGAGACGGAGUUUGCGGAUGAUGAAGUCAGCAAUGGCAGCGAUGGUCACCGAGGAUCCCUGCUGGUUCCCCGGACUGGCAGGCGGCAGAGCACUCAGAGUCAGAUGAGCCCUCUUUCUUUCAUAAAUACGCCAGGUUUCACCCAGAAUGGAAAGAGAAAUAGCUCUGUGGAUUGCAAUGGGGUUGUGUCACUGGUUGGAGGAGCUGGGACUUAUUCUAACCCUACGUCACCCGGUGGAUUACUAUUACCAGCAGUUAUUGUGGAAAAAUCAAGUGCUGAAGAAAAUGCAUCACCUACUGAUCUGGAACUGAGCAGAAUGCAGCUACUGAUGCCCAAUGCCCUGUCAGUGGAAUACAUGGACCAGCCCUUCCAGAGACAGAGAGCCGUCAGCAUGGUCAGCGUCCUCACUAACGCUCUGGAAGAGCUUGAGGAAUCCCGACAGAAGUGCCCCCCAUGCUGGAACCAUUUUGCCGAGAGGUACCUUAUCUGGGAUUGUAGUUCACUCUGGGUAGACAUUAAGAAUGGAGUGAAAUUUGUGGUGAUGGACCCAUUCAUUGACUUGACCAUUACAAUUUGCAUUGUCCUCAACACACUGUUUAUGGCGCUGGAGCACUACAAGAUGACGCCAGAGUUUGAGCAAAUGCUUUCUGUUGGAAACUAUGUUUUCACAGGCAUAUUCACAGCUGAAAUGGUCUUCAAAAUCAUUGCCUUAGAUCCGUACUAUUAUUUCCAGCAGGGCUGGAAUAUAUUCGAUAGCAUCAUUGUUAGCUUGAGUUUAAUGGAAUUAUGCCUCGCUAGCAUGGGAAAUCUGUCUGUCCUUCGCUCCUUCAGAUUGCUCCGAGUCUUCAAAUUAGCCAAGUCUUGGCCAACGUUAAACACUCUCAUAAAAAUCAUCGGGAAUUCAGUUGGUGCACUUGGAAACCUCACCCUUGUCUUGGCAAUCAUCGUCUUUAUCUUCGCUGUGGUCGGAGUGCAGCUUUUUGGCCAGAAUUACAUGAAAUGCGUCUGUAAGAUCGACGCUGAUUGUAAGCUCCCUCGCUGGCACAUGAACGAUUUCUUCCACUCUUUUCUUAUCGUUUUCCGUGUUCUCUGCGGAGAAUGGAUAGAGACCAUGUGGGAUUGCAUGGAGGUCGCCGAGCAACCCUUGUGCAUUCUUGUCUUCAUGCUGGUCAUGGUCAUUGGAAACCUUGUGGUGCUUAACCUUUUCCUGGCGUUACUGCUGAGCUCUUUCAGCUCAGAUAACCUGUCGGCCCCAGACGAGGACGGGGAAAUGAACAACCUGCAGAUCGCCAUUGCACGCAUCCAGCGAGGAAUCCGUUUAGUGAAAAAUGCCAUAGUGGACUUCUUUUGUAACUUAUUCACCAAGCCCGAUAAAUCGGUGCAGGCCUUUAAAUCCAACCUUUCGACCAAAAACCAAAAUAUCAACAACAUCAACCUGAACAAUCACAUUAACAUGUCCAACACCUGCAAGGACGAUUUCCGGGAAGGGAUUAGCACCAACGGGGGCAUUUCCAAAAGUGGGGAAAAGUACGUGGUCAGCGAGAGCGAAGACUACAUGGCCAAUCCUCGUCUGUCCCUCUGUGUGCCCAUUGCCUUGGGGGAGUCUGAUAUUGAGUUUCAUGAGGAAGAUGAACUGAGCAUUUUCACCGAUGUCGAGAUCGUCAAAGAGAAGCAGGGUGACAGUAUAUCGCAAUGCAGUACAGUGGACCUGAGAAAAUCCAGGGAGCUAAUUGAGCAACUUUCAGAAUCGGCAGAGGAAUUAGCGGAUCCAGAAGAGUGCUUCACUGAAGAUGCAAAUUGUCCGGACAGCACAGGUUGCAUGCGACACUGUUCAUGCUGCAGGAUAGAUAUCACCAAAGGUGUUGGAAAGAUUUGGUGGAAACUGAGGAAGACCUGCUACAAAAUUGUGGAACACAACUGGUUCGAGACAUUCAUCGUCUUCAUGAUCUUGCUGAGCAGUGGUGCACUGGCAUUUGAAGAUAUCUACAUUGACCAGAAGAAAGUCAUUAAAACCAUACUUGAAUAUGCCGACAAGGUGUUCACUUAUGUCUUUAUCCUUGAGAUGCUUCUGAAAUGGGUGGCUUAUGGCUUUAAAAAGUACUUUACCAAUGCCUGGUGUUGGCUGGACUUCUUUAUUGUUGGCAUUUCAGUAGCUUGUCUGAUGGUAACAACUUUUAGCAAUGGCAAUAUGGGUUCCGUGAAGUCACUCAGGACGCUCAGGGCCUUGAGGCCUCUCCGAGCCUUGUCCAGAUUUGAAGGAAUGAGGGUGUCAAUAAUAACCCUGGUAGCUACUCCCCUUGGAUUAGCUGAAAUUGGUCCUAUGAAAUCUCUUAGGACCCUCAGAGCUCUGAGACCAUUAAGAGCCUUAUCACGGUUUGAAGGGAUGAGGGUGGUAGUAAAUGCCUUGAUUGGGGCCAUCCCAUCCAUCAUGAAUGUGCUGCUGGUGUGUCUCAUUUUCUGGCUAAUUUUUAGCAUCAUGGGGGUCAAUUUAUUUGCUGGAAAGUUUGGGAAAUGCGUCAAUGCCACAACCAAAGAGCAGCUGUUCCAUCUCAAGGUUGACAACAAAACAAUGUGUGAUAACAUAAGUAAUUCAGAAGCCUACUGGACAAAAACAAAGGUCAACUUUGAUAAUGUGGGGGCUGGAUAUCUGUCACUUCUACAGGUGGCCACGUUUAAAGGAUGGAUGGAUAUAAUGUACGCUGCCGUUGACUCGCGUGAGAUUGAACAGCAGCCAAUUUAUGAAAUAAAUAAGUACAUGUAUCUGUAUUUCGUGAUCUUCAUCAUCUUCGGAUCUUUCUUCACACUGAACCUUUUCAUUGGUGUCAUCAUUGACAAUUUCAACCAGCAAAAGAAGAAGUUAGGUGGGCAGGACAUAUUUAUGACAGAGGAACAAAAGAAAUACUACAAUGCAAUGAAGAAGUUGGGAUCUAAAAAACCCCAGAAACCUAUCCCCAGGCCACUGAACAAAUUCCAAGGCUUUGUCUUUGACGUUGUGACAAAGCAAGCUUUCGACAUCAUCAUCAUGAUCCUUAUUUGCCUUAACAUGGUCACUAUGAUGGUGGAGACAGAUGAUCAAAGCAAAGAGAUUGAGCUUCUACUGUACAAAAUCAACCUGUCGUUCGUGGUUAUCUUCUCCGGAGAAUGCCUUCUCAAGAUCCUUGCCCUCAGGUACUACUUCUUCACCAUCGGCUGGAACAUCUUUGACUUCGUGGUGGUGAUACUUUCGAUUGUUGGAAUUGUACUUUCGGAUAUUAUUGAGAAAUAUUUUGUAUCACCAACACUGUUCAGAGUAAUACGCUUGGCAAGGAUUGGGCGUAUACUGCGACUUAUCAGAGGAGCCAAGGGAAUAAGAACCCUUCUGUUUGCCUUAAUGAUGUCCCUUCCUGCCCUCUUUAACAUUGGCCUCUUACUCUUUCUCGUCAUGUUCAUCUAUGCCAUUUUUGGGAUGUCUAACUUUGCCUACGUGAAGAUGGAAGGGGGCAUUGAUGAUAUGUUUAACUUUCAGACCUUUGGAAACAGCAUGAUCUGCCUGUUUCAGAUCACCACCUCUGCUGGUUGGGAUGGCCUUCUAAACCCCAUUUUGAAUAGUGGACCUCCUGAUUGCGAGCCAGAUAUUGCCAACCCUGGUAGCCCUACUCUCGGGAACUGUGGAAACCCCUCUGUUGGGAUUUGCUUUUUUGUCAGCUACAUUAUCAUAUCGUUUCUUAUAGUUGUAAAUAUGUACAUUGCUAUUAUCUUGGAAAACUUCAGUGUUGCGACUGAGGAGAGUACAGAACCAUUGAGUGAAGAUGACUUUGAGAUGUUUUAUGAAGUCUGGGAAAAGUUUGACCCGGAAGCCACACAAUUCAUUUCUUACUCAGUCCUUUGCAACUUUGCGGAUACCCUCUCUGAGCCCCUGCGUAUAGCUAAACCAAAUAAGAUUAAACUCAUUGCAAUGGAUCUUCCCAUGGUCAGCGGAGAUAGGAUCCAUUGCUUGGAUAUACUGUUCGCUUUUACCAAAAGGGUUCUUGGGGAAUCUGGUGAGAUGGAUGCUCUUAAGAUACAAAUGGAGGAGAAAUUCAUGGCCGCCAACCCCUCAAAAAUUUCUUAUGAACCCAUCACCACCACUCUAAAGCGGAAACAGGAGGAGGUGUCUGCUUUCAUCAUCCAAAGAGCCUACAGGAGGCACUUGUUGUAUCGUUCCAUGAAACAGGCCUCAUUCCUAUAUCGUCACAGAUCAUGUGAUGUCAACAUCAUUGAAGAAGAGGCCCCGGAAAAAGUGGGCCUUAUUGCCUACAUGAUGAAUGAGAAUUAUGGGUGUCAACUGGAUAAAGUAGAAUCCUUAUCCUCUACUUCUUUCCCCCCUUCCUAUGACAGUGUCACCAGGGCGGCCAGUGACAAUAGCCCUUUAAAAUUGGAAGACUCCACAAACGAUUUCACAGAUUGUAAAAUAUGUGCCGACAGGGAUAAGGAAUCGUUUGUAUAAUCAUCGUUUUGAAAUGUUUUCCGAUAUUGUUUACAGAAUGAUAUGAUAUAAAGUGCACAACGGAUCUGCCAGCCUUCAUAUUAAAUUUUAUUGGCGGGUAAAAAAAAAAUGAAGUCGAAAGUGCUUUUACCGCCGGACUACUGGGAACCAGUUCAUCCCAUGGUGGGAGGGUGGAUGUGAAUGCUUUGCUUUCUGUCACUCCAUGGAGAACUUAUGCAGAGUCACAGACAUGAAAAGCCGCGGUUAUGUGUAUGCGGACGUGUACGGUUGGUGCAACGUAUCUCCCUGCGCAGAAAUGCCUGACUGUAUACAUUCAUUUAUGGUCUUAUUCUAGUGUGUUUAGUAAAGGAAAUCAAUGACCUUGCAUUCUAAAUUAAAUCCAAAUAUCACAAGCUGCUGUAGCAAAAAGUAUACACUUACUGUAUAUGUCUUGAAUGGUCUUUCAUAAAUUUAUAUUUGAUAUUUUUUUUUACAUAAGAAAAUAAUGUUUCUCCUUUUUUUUCCAUGAAAGGGGGCGGAUCCUCGCGGAACGAUCCGCCAUUCUAAACUCGCAAAUAAUGUUAAAUUAAAAAGAAAAAAAAAAAAGGAACAAUAACAAGAACUGUUGGAUCUUGCUGCUGAAAAUUGUUUUGAAAUAUUUGAAUUGUUUAUUACGAGCUGAACAUGUAAUUGCUUGGCAUGAGUAAUGCAAAUAAAGCUUUUAAAAA